AUGUCGCUCGAAGCCACCAUGAUCAUUGUCGACAAUAGCGAAAGCAGUCGAAAUGGCGAUUACACCUCGACCCGAUGGCAAGCACAGAUCGACGCCGUCAGCGUCAUCCACACCGCCAAGAUGCGCGUACAUCCGCAAUCAGCCGUCGGUCUGAUGAGUAUGGGCGGCAAGGGCCCGGAGGUUCUGUCGACGUUCACUACGGACUUUGGCGGCAUUCUGUCAGGACUGCACCGGACUAAGAUCCACGGCACGCCGCACCUGAGCUCGAGCAUCCAAGUUGCCGGCCUCGCCCUGAAACACCGCUCCGAGAAAUCCCAACACCAGCGCAUCAUCGUAUUCUCCUGCUCGCCCAUCGAAGAAGACGAAAAGACGCUGGUGAAGCUCGCCAAGAAGAUGAAAAAGAAUAACGUAUCGAUCGACGUCAUCGCCUUCGGCGACCUCGAGUCCGACCAGACCAAGAAGCUGGAAGCCUUCGUCGAGAACGUCCGCGGCGGCGACGGCUCCCACCUGGCCAUCAUCCCGCCGGGGCCGAACCUGCUCAGCGAGGAGCUGCAGCUGACGCCCAUCCUGGGAGGCGACGCCGGCGCUGGCGGCGCGGGCGGCGAGGGCGAGGAGGCCGGCGGGUUUGGGUUCGAGGACGCCGCUGAGAAUGAUCCCGAGUUGGCGUUUGCGCUGCGUCUGUCUCUGGAGGAGGAGAAGAACCGCCAGGAGAAGGAGAAGCGGGAUCAGGAGGAGAAGGAGGGGAAGACUGAUUUGGAUGGGAUCCCUGAGGAGGGGGGGCAGUCGUCCUCUGGUGGGAAGGGCAAGAAGGAUGAUGGGGAUAAGAUGGAUACUGCUUAG